UCAAAAAAUAGAACUUGCACGGUUGAAUUAUUUUGGUUUUGGUGACAAUGUGAGCAACAGUGUGUAUCAAUACACACAUUAUCAGGUUUGCUGUGCAUAGUAAACUACAGCUUGCGUCAUAGACACCGUGCAUGUAUAUCUCUACUUUUGGCAGGUUAGUUGCAGUGGGAUAUUACUACAAAUGCGCGUCUUGACAGUUGCAUAACUCUCCAUUGUAAACAUUGCGUUGCGAUCAGCUGAUCACUCAAGGGUUUGAGAAAUAUCCCUGGUCAUUUUCACUGAAAGUAAAACUCUGCAGAUAUUUGCACGUGAAGGGAUUAGAAAAGUCAUCUGUGUCCAAUUUCAAUUCACCAAUGUGUCCCGGCGAGCCAAAAGCCAAUGUCACUUGACUGAUGGGUUCUAGCAACUCUUCCAACAGACAAAAUCAAAGUCAGAGAAUGACAGAAUCAGCCGAAAUUCCCGCUGCUGGAGCUGAAGUUGAUGAGGACCAGACAGACCUACAGGCCAUUAUUGCUUAUCUCAUAAGGAGUGGACAAGUUAGAAUCCUCCGGCAUGAAGAUGACAGCAAUGGAGAUGAUGAUGAUGAUGAUGAAGAUGACAAUGAAUUUUAUGGACCAGCUAAUCCACCAACAGCUGACCGAAAUCCAGACACAAGCUUACUGGAGAAAAACGACCUGAAGCAGAUGAUACUGGACCACUCUGGACGGGCCCAGAAGCGAUCACGAAUGACUUUUCCAACUCUACCACACAUGGUCCAGAAUAGAGAGGUUGGUGCCAACAAGUGUCAGCAGUUUACUAGUGGGGAUAGGAGAAUUAUAGGAUGUCAGUUCCUUCCGAAUCACAAGGAGGAGGUGGCGAAAUAUCACCACAAAGUUUUCUGUGGAACCUACUCCAAAGAGGGCAACAUAUUCCUGACAGCAAGUCAAGAUCAACACAUACGAAUAUAUGAUACAACCAGAGGUAACUUUAACCUACUCAAGACGAUACGAGCCAAAGAUGUCGGAUGGAGUAUACUUGAUACAGCCUUUAGUCCUGAUGGUAACUACGUCAUCUACUCCAGUUGGUCCGACUGCAUUCAUCUAUGCAAUAUUCAAGGAGAAUACGAUACCCACAAUGCCUUGCACCUGUUUCCAGGGGAACACAGCUUUUGUAUAUUUUCACUGACUUUUUCCUACGAUAAUCGAGAGAUCUUAGGAGGUGCCAAUGACGGCUGUCUUUAUGUGUAUGACAGAGAGAGUAACCAAAGAACACUCAGGAUUGAGGCCCAUGAGGAUGAUGUGAAUGCCGUAGCCUUUGCUGACAGUUCCUCUCAGAUAUUGUUUAGUGGUGGAGAUGAUGGUUUGCUGAAGGUGUGGGAUAGGCGAACGCUACGAGAGGAAAAUCCCAUCCCUGUUGGAACACUGGCGGGUCACUCCGACGGAAUAACCUAUAUUGACUCCAAGGGAGAUGCCAGGUUUUUAUUGUCUAACUGUAAAGACCAGUCAAUGAAGCUAUGGGAUGUACGCAUGUUUUCAUCUGAAGAAGGCAUUCAGUCUACAAAGAAAGCUGUAACCAAACAGAAAUGGGACUACAGAUGGCAGCAGUUUCCAAAACGAGCCUCAAAGAAAAAGGUUCUAGCUGGAGAUUCUUCCAUUAUGACCUACAGAGGACACUCCGUACUGAAUACACUGAUCCGAUGUCACUUCUCACCGGAAAUGACCACUGGUCAGAGAUAUGUGUACUCUGGCUGUGCCAGUGGAACUGUUGUAGUGUAUGAUUUGUUGACGGGGAAAAUUGUAGCCAGGCUGUCGGGACACAACACGUGUGUGAGAGAUGUGUCUUGGCAUCCGUACGAGAAUAUCAUCAUGAGUACCUCGUGGGACAGUUCCGUAGCUAAGUGGACAUACCAGUAUGAGGAGCCAUCAGAAGGAGAACAAGAGUCGAGCUGUGAUGAAGAAGACGAUGAUUCUGACGAGGAAUCAUAUUACCGGCACCGUCGGAGAAGUGCACGAGUUAGAAUGAUGCAGAAAAAGAGACGCAAAGCUAAUGUUUGUGUUGAAAAAUGUGGGUUGCUGGAUUAAACCAACAUGAUAGUUUGUGACUGAUUCUGGUACACACUGUCAUACUUGUUCUGUAAGAUUCAAAUUGUCAAUCUUCAGACUAUUCUUGCUCUGGAAAUUUUAAUGCUUAAUUGCAAACUAUUCUUGCUUCCAAAAUAUAUGAAUCUUCAAACUUUUCUUGUUUCAUUGUAAAUCCUCAAGUUAUUCUUGUUUAGGAUUUCAUUCUUGUUUUCACUCAUCGGGUUAGUCUACUUGUUCCAUGAUUUUUAGCUCACCUGGACCGAAGGUCCGGUGAGCUUAUGCCAUGGUGCGGCGUCCGUCGUCUGUCGUCCGUCAUCCUGUCGUCCGUCGUCCGUCAAC